AUGAGACGUCUCUCCUGCUUGUAUUUCAUCGCUCUCUGGGUUCUGACGGCCUCCCGAUGCGCCGAGCCCGCAAGGGUCUCAUGGCGCCUUCACACCGAUUCGAGGUGGAUCGUCGAUAGGCACGGGCAUCGAGUGAAGCUGGCAUGCGUCAACUGGGCGUCGCACCUCGAGCCCAUGGUCGCAGAAGGGCUCAACAAGCAACCCGUCGACUGGAUCUCGAAGCAGAUCGCCUCGAUGGGAUUCAACUGUGUCAGGCUCACGUGGCCGCUCUUCAUGGUCACCAAUGACUCGCUGGGUUCGAUGUCGGUGGCGCAAUCGUUCUGGAAUCUGGGGUUGGUUGAGUAUAUCAGAGGCAUUCGACGGAACAACCCGAAACUUCUGGAUGUCUCUCUUCUUGCUGCUUUCCGGGCGGUUGUUUCAAGCCUUGGAGAGAAUAAUGUGAUGGUCAUACUCGACAAUCACAUCAGCAAGCCCGGUUGGUGUUGUAGCAACCUCGAUGGUAAUGGGUUCUUCGGCGACCGGUACUUCGACCCGAACCUUUGGAAUAUCGGCCUUGCUCGAAUGGCCAAGAUGUUCCGCCGCACCCAUAACGUGGUCGGUAUGAGCUUGAGGAAUGAACUCCGCGGCCCUAGAGAAAAUCUGCGAGACUGGUUCAGGUACAUGGAGAGAGGAGCGGAAGUGGUGCAUUCGGCAAACCCACACGUACUCAUCAUAGUCUCCGGCCUCUAUUACGACACCGACCUAUGGUUCCUUGGACGCAUACCAAUGAAGGUGAGCUUCACCAGAAAGCUAGUGUUCGAGCUGCAUUGGUACGCAUCCUCGAGCGGGGUGAUCUGGGAGGACGGCAAUGCCAACGAGCUGUGCAAGGACGCGACGGACCAGGUGAUGAGCAAGGCGGGGUUCAUAUUGAACCAGGGAAUGCCGCUCUUCGUGAGUGAAUUCGGAGGAGAACUGGGCGGACAAAAUGUGAAUGACGAUCGGUACUUCAAUUGCUUCUUCGCAGCCGCGGCCAAGCUCGACUUCGACUGGGCCUUGUGGACGAUCGUGGGCAGCUAUUACUUGAGAAAAGGGAUCGUAGGGAUGGACGAGCCGUUUGGGGUGCUGGACAAGGACUUCUCCGGGCCUAGAAAUGCUAGCUUCUUGCAAAGGAUCUCUGCCCUUCAAGCCCCUUUUCAAGGUGCAACUUCAUCAAAGCCUACGCACAGAAUUCUUUUUCAUCCGCUCACGGGUCUCUGCGUCCAGAGGAAGCAAGAUCAGGGACAACUGCAGCUGGGGCCGUGCAGGGAGCCCGAGGCUUGGACUCACACGCACUGCCACACGGUCCGGGUAAGAGGAACUGAUUUGUGCAUGCGAGCAGAUCAGCUGGCGAAGCCCGUGAGACUCGGCGCGGAUUGCACAGACCACGGGUCUGAAUGGAAGACCGUUUCGGAGUCCAAAAUGCAGUUUUCCUCCAACAUUGUUGGUAGUAAUGUCACAGUUUGCUUGGACAUAGACUUCAGUACUAAGACCAUCAUCACAAGUCCUUGCAAAUGCUUGAGAGAAGAUACUUCCUGUGACCCAGCAAGCCAGUGGUUCCAGUUGGUAAACACAACGCGUUCGACGCCGGCAAGCCGGUGA